AUGUUGGCGGACAGCUCGACCGAUAUCGCGCCUACUUACGUCGAAUAUCUUAGAUGCUUCGGUGCACACUUGGAUCAUAGUUUUGCUCGCCUGGAAGACGGAACAGACUGUAUGAAUGCCUGGGUAUCUGAACACACGAAUGGGUUGAUCCCAUGUAUGCUGAACAGCCAGACCCUCGCCCAUGCCAACAUAGUCUUAGUAAAUGCACUUGUGUUCAAAGCCGCAUGGCAGAAGAGAUUCGAUCGGAAGAAUACUCUCAAGGACUUUCCCUUCCAUGUAUCCACUCAUCGAACUUGUCCUGUCGAAAUGAUGCUCCUGCAUCGUCACGAAAUUCUGAUCUCGCGAGACAGGACCUAUACAGCCAUUCGGCUUCCUUAUACCUCAAGUGCCUCGUCCCAAUUGGCUUUUAUCGCAUAUUUACCGACCGAUGCCAGCUCUCUGCUCCAUACGUUACAAGCAUUGCGCCGCGACGGACCUCCGCGCCGCUUCGAACCAACAAAGCUACUGCAAUUUGGCCUCCCAAAGAUUAAUCUUCGUGUCAGGAGGGCAUUGUCGAAUCGCUUUGUGACCUGGCAUAUCCGAUAUCCGGAACAUUUCCGGGCAUUUCCGCUGGUGUCAUGGUUCAACAUAUCAUACACAGUGUUGCUAUCCUGCUGGACGAGGACGGCACGGAGUCCGCAGCUGCUACAGCGGUGGUAA